GACGCACCGGUGGCGCGUGGGAGAGCCGGGAGUGGGCGGGGCACUGGGUUUAGUAGGAGACCUGGGGGCUGGGGCUGCCUCUGGACGCGCAUCUUCCGCUUCUUUCGGUCCGUCGAUUGGGAGGAGCGGUGGCGACCUUGGCCUCCAGUGUCUCCAGCGGAGCAAAGCGGCAGCAGCGGCCAGGAUGGUGUUGCUGGGCUUACUGCAGGCGGGCGGGUCGGUGCUGGGACAAGCGAUGGAGAAGGUGACGGGCGGCAACCUUCUGUCCAUGCUGCUGGUCGCUUGCGCCUUCACCCUCAGCCUGGUCUACCUACUCCGCCUCGCUGUCGGCCACCUAGUCCAGCUGCCGGCUGGAGCGAAAAGUCCACCAUACAUUUACUCUCCAAUUCCGUUCCUUGGGCAUGCCAUAGCAUUUGGGAAAAGUCCAAUUGAAUUUCUAGAAAAUGCAUAUGAGAAGUAUGGACCCGUGUUUAGUUUUACCAUGGUAGGCAAGACGUUUACAUACCUUCUGGGGAGUGAUGCUGCUGCACUGCUUUUUAAUAGUAAAAAUGAAGACCUGAAUGCAGAAGAUGUCUACAGUCGUCUGACAACACCUGUGUUUGGGAAGGGAGUUGCAUAUGAUGUGCCUAAUCCGGUUUUCUUGGAACAGAAGAAAAUGUUAAAAAGUGGCCUUAACAUAGCCCACUUUAGGCAGCAUGUGUCUAUAAUUGAAAAGGAAACAAAGGAAUACUUUCAAAGUUGGGGAGAAAGUGGGGAAAAAAAUUUGUUUGAAGCUCUUUCUGAGCUCAUAAUUUUAACAGCUAGCCAUUGUUUACAUGGAAAGGAAAUCAGAAGUCAACUCAAUGAGAAGGUGGCACAGCUGUAUGCAGAUUUGGAUGGUGGUUUUAGCCAUGCAGCCUGGCUGUUACCAGGUUGGCUGCCUUUGCCUAGUUUCAGACGCAGGGACAGAGCUCAUCGAGAAAUCAAGAAUAUUUUCUAUAAGGCAAUCGAGAAACGCAGGCAGUCGGAAGAAAAAGUUGAUGACAUUCUCCAAACUUUACUGGAGUCUACAUACAAGGAUGGGCAUCCUUUGUCAGAUGAUGAAGUAGCAGGGAUGCUUAUUGGACUGCUCUUGGCAGGGCAGCAUACAUCCUCAACUACUAGUGCCUGGAUGGGCUUCUUUUUGGCCAGAAACAAAACACUUCAAGAAAAAUGUUAUUUAGAACAGAAAACAGUCUGCGGAGAGGAUCUGCCUCCUUUAACUUUCGACCAGCUGAAGGAUCUAAAUUUACUUGAUCGCUGUAUAAAAGAAACAUUAAGACUUAGACCUCCUAUAAUGACCAUGAUGAGAAUGGUCAAAACUCCUCAGUAUGAAGUAUAUAAAUCGUACAGUGAAAGGUUCCCUGAAAUUCUACCCCUAACUCUGAGGCAUUUUUUUUUUUUUUUAAUUACAGGGCGUCAUCGUUGUAUUGGGGAAAAUUUUGCAUAUGUUCAAAUUAAGACAAUUUGGUCCACUAUGAUUCGUUUAUAUGAAUUUGACCUCAUUGAUGGAUAUUUUCCUGCUGUGAAUUAUACAACUAUGAUUCACACCCCUGAAAAUCCAGUUAUCCGUUAUAAACGAAGAUCACAAUGAAAAAGGCUGCAAGGAACUAAUGAUACAUCACUGUAAGCUGCAAAAGCACUGAAAGAGAAUGGAGUUUAUGAAA